AUGGCGACCGCCACCAUUCCUGCAUUCGACCUCUCUCGUCCAAGAUUGCGACAAACCUCGCAUUGGAUCCGUGAUGAGCUCGAUCCGCUCGUUGCUCGGGAGGGCCCAGGGUUACUUCGAGCUGACGACGUGUUGACUUUACACGACGUCUUUCAGGCUCUUAAAACAUCGUCCAGUGUGACCGCUCUCGAUUUGCGUGCUACCGGAAUACAUAGAGCGGUCAUGGAGAUUUCAGGGAUAGCUACCAGGUGGCCUGGACGGUUGGCUGACGACUGCGACGAUCUCAUCGACCUGUGGAGAGGUAAAUUUGGGCGUCUCGAAGAUCUGCAUCCUUUUCUCUACGGCAGAGGUGGGCGUCUUGAGGGCAUUGCCUCGAUUGAGGAGACCUCGAAAAUUGCUUUACUCAAGCGAUGGCAAAACAGUUGUCCCGACAGGAUCUCACCGAAAAGGGCCCGUCGGCGUGGCAGUUUGGGGUUUCACCCGGGCUCAUGGUGGAUCAACACCCUCUUCGCUUGCCAUGCUGGCAUAAUCGAUGUCGAUACGAUCGACGGCGGAGUCUGUUAUGACAAAUACGGAGCAUAUGCAAUGGUGAUAUUGGAAGGAGGAGAGCUUGACGCACCAACCGAGUCAACUUUGACAUAUCGCUGUGGAAAGGACGACCGAGGCCGAUUUCGUUUGACUGCCGCUACACCGAGAAGUAGGGAACCGCUUCGCGUUUUACGAAGCCACAGUGUCAAUAGCAUGUGGGGACCUAAAGCCGGUGUGAGAUAUGAGGGACUGUAUCGCGUUACUGGGUGGGCAGUUCAUCAACCUAGGACAUCGUCCUCCCAUGUUGGGCAGAAGACUCGUCUUGGUGAUGUGUAUUUUGAUGUCCAUCUUGAGAGAUGCGACCCUGUUCCUGUACACGAAGUAGCCAAGUCACCCACGGCGUCCGAACUUGACGACUAUUCCGAGUACAAACGGCUGCGCAAGGUCCACCGAGACCUACGCAAUAAAGCGAAUGCUGCCUCAGUCGAUGCGACCAACAUGCUUCCUGUACCCGUCAAGGUAGCACCGGCUAUUCCUCCCCCUGCUCCUGCACCGUCAGGUAAGGUAUUGUCCUUCAAAGUCUCCCCAGUGGUAUCCCGAUCAACUACAUUCACAUGGACUCCGGGUAAGGAACCCCCGGGUGCGUCACAAUAUGUAUCUGGAGGUUCGCCAACCAUAACAACUGAAGGGUAUGCAUACGUUACACCCAGCCAACCCACUAUUGUAUCAAUUCCAGCCGCUAUACCAUUCCCACUACGGGCUGAGACACAGCGCAGUGAGCAGCUUCGGCUUCACACGCCACCGGGCUCCAAGGGCACAGUUUCAAUUGCAAGUACGUCAAAGAGCCGUCAGCCAAUUACAGAAGUGGCGCCCUGGAUCGAUCAAGAACUCCCUCACCUUAUCCUUCCUACGAAUGCCGACUUGGCACUCAUAAAGCGUUCAACAAUCCGCAGCCAUGUAGUGACGGACGAAUCGGACAGCCCUAUCUCAGCUGCUAGAACAUCAAAUCGUAAGGAUAGUGGUGAUGAAUACAGCGUACUCUUACACCAUACACCCUCGAUACGGGAUCUGGAUCUAGCGAUAGGCCUGCGCGCGAAGGAGAGCAGCAAGUCAAAGCUGGUGCGAAGUCGCAAUCCGGUGGCCAAACUGUUUGAUGGUACUGAAGACGAAGCUAGCUCGCCCAAUGACUACUUUCCUCUACGGCGACCGAGAGCUGCAUCUGCUCAAUUAAAGCACCCGUUGGUGGCAUCAAGGCGCCGUGAGCGUGCCAAUUCUACCGAGCACACACCGCAGCCUGUGGCACCGAUACCAGUAAGGCAUGAGAGCUCCAGUCCAUUACUCUUCAAACGGCGAGACGCGUUAGUCUUUCCCUACGGCUAUGUCGUUUCUCUACUUGCGCCACCUGACCAGAGUUCGAGGUCGUUCCCCUGUUAUCAAUCUCCAGAAACCGCCUCAACACAGGAGCCGCCUACUGCAUGCACCGGAUCAUUACUCACGUCCUUGAAGGACUUUAUUGGAAGCCGUCUGGUGGCUACCACCAGUGAUGAGCCUACCUCGCCAUCUAGGGCUGUACAGACAGACAUUCAUUCUUGUGUUGGCCAUUGUGAUGCGUUGCCAAUGCGAGCACAAACUCCGCCCCGACCGCAAGAUCUUAGUGGCGAGGUCCAAGAACUGGAGAUCACAGUCGCGUUCUGCGACCCGUUCCAGUCACCGCGCCGCAAACACGACACACUAAGGAAUCGGAGCUGCAAUGUGUCUCCACGGACCAUCGCGUGAUUGAUGGUUACUUUUUGCCAUGGCGAGGGGCAAUUGCGAAAAUCUGCCG